UCAAAUCUCUGACUGAUAGAGUUAACCUUAAUGUGCUGUAACACCUAAUUAGUGCACUAUAUGUUUGAUUGAGUGUGAAUUGGGUUGAGAGGCAGUUCACCCUGGAGCUUUGGCGAUAAAGGAUUUUAAAAGAGAAGUAUGAAUAUAUGGUACCUGUAAAGAGAAAUUUAGAUUUAUUUAGAUGUAAGCCUCAAUGUAGUCCAUUUCUUUUACCUGUGAUUUCCAUUAUUUUUGAACUGUUUUGUUGGACUGAGGAGACAUGGGUCGCUCCUCCAAAGACAAGCGUGACAUUUACUACAGACUGGCUAAAGAAGAGGGCUGGAGAGCCAGGAGCGCCUUCAAACUGCUGCAGCUGGAUGAGGAGUUCAACCUGUUCAAAGGUGUGAGGAGAGCGGUGGAUCUGUGUGCCGCACCCGGCAGCUGGAGUCAGGUUCUGAGUCGCAAACUCCGAGCGUCAAAUGAGUCGUGUGAAGAAGUGAAGAUUGUAGCAGUGGAUCUACAGGCGAUGGCUCCUCUACCUGGAGUCACACAGAUUCAGGGUGAUAUUACUAAGGUUUCCACAGCUCAGGAGAUUAUUAGGCACUUUGAGGGGCAGGCUGCAGACUUGGUGGUGUGUGAUGGUGCCCCUGAUGUUACGGGACUGCACGAUGUAGACGAGUACAUUCAAGCGCAACUUCUUCUGGCUGCUCUGAAUAUCACAACCCACGUUCUAAAACCUGGAGGAAACUUUGUAGCAAAGAUCUUUAGAGGGAAGGAUGUGACUCUGCUUUAUUCUCAGCUCAAAAUCUUCUUCAGUAUGGUGACCUGCGCCAAACCUCGCAGCAGCCGCAACUCAAGCAUUGAGGCGUUUGUGGUGUGUCAGAAUUAUUCACCCCCUGAUGGUUACAUCCCCAAUAUGUCUAACCCACUGCUGGAUCACUCGUAUGAUGUGGACUUUAACCAGCUUGAGGGACCGAACAGGAUAAUCGUUCCUUUCCUGGCAUGUGGAGACCUCAGUGCAUUUGACUCGGACAGGACCUACCCACUUCAGCUGGACUCUAAUAAGGAGUACAAGUAUUUGCCGCCUACACAGCCUCCAAUUCAACCCCCAUAUCAGCAAGCCUGCCAUUUACGUAAAAACAACCUACUGGCCAAAGAGGACUUGCCUUCUGCCCUGCUAGGGCUAGGUGCCCUGAACCUCGGAACUGAACAGGAAACUGAUGCUUCCACACGUGAAACUCACUGAACACUAUUGUUUGUCUCAAUGACCUUUUAUUCAAAUUGAAUUUAUGCCUAUUGUAAGGUAUUUCAUAAAUUUUUUUUAGAUGAAUUUUAAUCAAAGUUAUGAAUAUUGAUUAUAAAUAUAAUUGAUUUUAGUGUUUUUUGUUUCUCAAAUAAACACUUGAACCUUUAA